UCUUUCUCUAAAUCUGCGAUCUGUAUCUAUCUCUUUCUUUUGUCUCUUUGCCACUCUCUCUCUCUCUCUCUCCCUGUCUAUCUCUCUCUCUCUCUCUCUUAGUUUCUUGUCUGUGGGAUGUGUGGAAUCCUGUGUGCUAAGAAGAGGACUGGUCUCAUUAUGAUCCUGUUCUCAGCUUGUUGUAUCUGUGGUCUGAUUGGCGGGAUUCUGAACUUCCAGUUUGUCCGAGCGUUGUCUAGACGACCAGACUCUCUGCGUUCUCUUCACCUGGCAGCCAUGACGCUGGCCUGCCUGGGUAUCUCCUCCUGUACCUUGUCCACAUGGCUCACAUGCCGCCUGGCCAGCUCAGAGCAGCAGAGGAUGUUCCUGGAGCGAGAACACUCCCUGCACCACUCACACGAGAUGGCUGAGAAGGAGAUCCUGGACAACUCCAGUAACGGCAUCCCCCAAAUCUCAUACACUGGUCACACCUCCUCGCCCUAACUUCAUCAUCAGGCAUUAUGACGUCAUCACAGGGGGCUGCGUUCAGCAAGAGCUGUUCUGAAAGGUUCUUUCGCCAGGAAACAAAACAGGACUCCUUUGCAACUGAACUGCUGGUACUUCUUCUCUGUGUGUGGACAUCUAACUGAGGGUUACGGACCUAUGUGAUUGGACCACUGAUAUGACAUAAUUGUUCUGCUGACCUCUGAUAGCACGGAGAUAAAGGACAAACAACCAAUCAGGCGCUUUAAAGUGGGACGAACACAAAACAAGCAUGCAAAUGAUUCUCUCUCUCUCUUUCUCUCUCAUUGUUUAAAAUUGAGGAGCAGGUUUGGAGGCAGACUACAGUUAUGCGGCCAACCUAUUUGGCCUUAUGUAGAGUGCUAUGAUGUGAAAUAUCCAGCAAGUUAUCUAUGAUUAUUUAUGAACCAACAAUAUUUUUUAUAAAAGCUUCUUAAUAAAACAGAAAUUAAA